GGCUCGUCCGCUGUUUCUAGACGCGUCUAUCAGGGCGUCACAGGAGCUGCAGAAAGUUCUGGCACAGUCCGCCAUAUUUAAAGGACCGGCCGUCUUCCCGGACAGCACUGUUCAAGCACGACGUUCACUGGGACUUACGAGGAAGUUACUACAGAUCCGACCACGGAGAUGGUUAAAGAGACCGGUUUCUAUGACACUUUAGGUGUGAACCCUAAAGCCACACCGGACGAGAUUAAAAAAGCGUACAGAAAACUGGCACUGAAAUACCAUCCGGACAAGAACCCGAAUGAAGGAGAGAAGUUCAAGCUGAUAUCUCAGGCCUAUGAGGUUCUGUCGGAGCCUAAGAAGAGGGACCUGUAUGACCAGGGUGGAGAGCAGGCUAUCAAGGAUGGCGGCAUGGGAGGAGGCGGUUCUCCUAUGGACAUAUUCAACAUGUUCUUUGGAGGCGGAGGAAGAAUGCCUCAGAAGGAUAGGAGAGGUAAAAACGUGGUCCAUCAGCUCACUGUGACCCUGGAGGAGAUGUACAAUGGAACCAAGAGGAAAUUGGCCCUGCAGAAAAACGUCAUCUGUGGAAAAUGUGAAGGUUACGGCGGUAAGAAGGGUGCCUUGCAGACGUGUGGGUCAUGUAAAGGCAGAGGAGUGGAGAUCAAGGUGCAGCAGAUCGGUCCAGGAAUGAUCCAGCAGAUUCAGACCAUGUGCGCAGAGUGCCAGGGAGAGGGCGAACGCUUCAACUCUAAAGACCGAUGCAAGACCUGCAACGGACACAAAGUUGAACGCAAGAAGAAGAUUCUAGAGGUUCACGUUGACAAAGGUAUGAAGGGGGGUCAGAAGAUACCAUUCCACGGUGAGGGCGACCAGGAGCCCGGUCUAGAACCAGGUGACGUGGUGAUCAUCCUGGACCAGCAGGACCACCCAGUGUACCAGAGGCAGGACGAUGACCUGCACAUGAAGAUGAACAUCAAACUGGUUGAGGCCCUCUGUGGCUUCAAGAAGACCGUCCGUACGCUAGAUGGAAGGGAGCUCGUCAUCACCUCUCCACCAGGUAAAGUAGUGAAGGCCAACGAUGUGAGGUGUGUCUAUAAUGAAGGUAUGCCCAUCCACAAAGACCCAUACGACAGAGGACAGCUCAUCAUUCAAUUCCAGGUGGAGUUCCCAGAUAAACACUGGCUGCCAGAGCACCUCCUCCCCCAACUGGAGGCCCUCCUCCCUCCAAGAGACGAGCAGCUGAUCUCAGACGACAUGGAGGAGGUAGACCUGAAGGAAAUGGAUCACAGCUCCUCUCAACAGAGGGGCGCCAGCAGCGGAGGAGGGAAGCCAAGCUUUGACGAUAUUGACGACGAUGAGGGGGGAGGCCAGGGCGUGCAGUGCCAGCAGCAGUAGAAUAGAGAAACUCAUGCUGCACUGAAUGUUUAGUUUGUUCAAUUCAUCUUUUUUUUUUUUAGAUUCUAUGUAUACAAGUCACGUCAAACUCCAGGUCCUGAAAAACUGGGUUUGACAAAAAGCCUUAUUCAUUAGAGUUCAAAGUCCACUGUUAUCAAGCGCUGCACUGAAAUGCCUACUUUCACAUUAAUGUCAUGUUGCAGUACAUCCAAACCAUAUCAGCAGCUGUUUUCUUCCAGAUACUAUUCAACACGUCUGUUGUUUACCUUUUUAUAAUGAGGUUAGUUCACCUAUGUUAAGGUUUAGGUAAAGGAAAAUAUGUUUUCCCCGACAUGACCACUAGGUGGAGCUGUAGACCUACUCCAUCUUGUCACAACUGGUAGUGUGAUGGUCUGUUUACAUUUCUAUCAUAACAUAACACCUGCACUGUUUUUUUUUUCUCCAUGUGUAAGUUGUGUGUGUAUUGUUUUAUUUCAUAUGGAUCUGUUCAUGAGAGAUAUACACUAGGAGGCACAGAAAACAGACUUGUUGCAUUUCAAUGAUUGACUUAGGUCCAUAACUCACCGGAGGAACCUGUAUGCUUUCUAUGAAGGUAAUGUUACUUUCUCAUCACAGGCGUUUCACCCGCUCUUGAAAUGGAUUGAUUCUUUCACAAAUAAAACCUCUCAAGAAUG